CAUGAUCCCAAUGAUGGACAUAGCGAAAAUUCUGGCCGAGCAGGGUGUCACUGUCACAGUGAUCACCACACUCCAAAACGCAUCCCGUUUCAAAUCAACUUUUGCCCGUUCCAUCGAUUCAGGGUCUCAAAUCAAACUACUUGAAAUCCAAUUCCCAUAUCAAGAAGCUGGAUUGCCAGAAGGGUGUGAGAAUCUUGACAUGUUACCUUCACUGGGCGCUGGCUUGGAUUUCUUCAAUGCUGCCAACAGCAACACCCAAAAGGAGCAAGUAGAGAAACUCUUGGAAGAUCUAACGCCCCCACCAAGCUGCAUAGUUUCAGACAUGUGUUUACAUUAUACAGCCACCAUUGCUACCAGAUUCAACAUCCCCAGGAUCUCUUUCUUGGGACAAAGUUGCUUCAGUCUCUUCUGUAUGUACAGCCUGGGAAAAUCCAGAGUUCUCUCAGGCAUAACGUCGAACACUGAGUACUUCGUUUUGCCUGGUUUGCCCGACAAGGUUGAGAUGACCAAAGCACAGCUUCCAGCGCAACAAACAGAUGCUGAAUGGAGAAAAUUUUAUGCCAGAACAGGUGCAGCUGAAGGGGUUUCUUAUGGGGUGGUAAUGAAUUCCUUUGAGGAGUUGGAAUCGGAUUAUGCCAGCGCUUACAAGAAGGCCAGAAAGGGUAGAGUGUGGUGUAUUGGUCCUGUUUCACUGAGCAACAGGGAUGAAUUAGACAAGGCUGAGAGAGGGAACAAAGCCUCAAUUGAUGAACAUUUUUGCAUGAAGUGGCUUGGUUUGCAGAAGGCAGGGAGUGUGAUCUAUGCAUGCCUUGGAAGCAUGUGUAACAUAACUCCACAGCAGUUGAUAGAGCUGGGUUUGGCCUUGGAGGCCUCAAAUAGACCCUUCAUUUGGGUUAUAAGGGAAGGGAGUCAACUAGAGGAAGUGGAGAAGUGGAUGAAGGAAGAGGGGUUUGAGGAAAGGACCAAAGGUCGAAGUCUUGUGAUUCAUGGUUGGGCACCUCAGGUACUACUUCUGUCACACCCUGCAAUUGGAGGGUUUUUGACUCACUGUGGUUGGAACUCAACCUUGGAAGCAAUAUGUGCUGGUGUGCCAAUGGUCACAUGGCCUCUAUUUGGCGACCAGUUUCUGAAUGAGAAACUUAUUGUGCAAAUAUUAAAAGUGGGAGUGAAGGUUGGGGUGGAGGUUCCUGUGGAAUGGGGUCAGGAAGAGGAAACGAGCAUUUUGGUUAAAAAAGAAGACGUUGAGAGAGCCAUUAACGAGUUGAUGGAUGAGACUAUGGAAAGUGAAAAAAUCAGAGAAAGGGUUAAAGAAUUUGCAGAUAUGGCUAAGAAAGCUGUAGAACAAGGUGGAUCUUCUCACUCCAAUGUCACACUCCUUAUCCAGAAUAUCAUGCAACAAAGCCAGAGAGAUGCAUAAAAGAUCUUUCUCACUUGGAGAAAACAGACUGGUACUUGUCAUAUGUUUCAUUUCUUCCCUAGAUUUUUAGUACCAAUGAAUAAACAUAUUCCACUCCAUUAGAUCAUGAUGUAGCUGCAAACUUUUAUAUUUUGUGUUUCCGAUGAGACAUUUAAAAGG